GCCGACUACGGGAGCUAUAUCUGGCCCUCGGCGUUAGUCCUCGCAGCUUACAUCCAUCACUGCCGGCAUCGUUUCGCUGGUACCAGGGUCAUUGAGCUUGGAUGUGGGACAGGACUGCCUGGCUUACUUGCUGCCAAAGUUGGGGCAGCGCAGGUCCUUUUGACCGAUGCGCCGAUAUUUGCACAUGUGUUGGAUAACGCAAACGUGGCAGUAACUAUGAAUGGACUGGAUGGAGUAUGUGACGUCCAAGGGGUGCCUUGGGGUGUAUUUCCUCCCUUGCCGCCUGCGCCGGCAAGCACAAUGGCCAAUAGUGUCAUGGACAGUAUCUUGGAAGAGGAGAGCCCAAGAUCAGAACAUUCAUUCGACUUCAUAAUCGGUGCAGACGUGUUUUACGAACCAGCAAGCUUCGACGAUCUCCUGGCGACAGUUGCCUACAUUCUGAUGCACAGUCUGAGCACUGCUGAGUUCAUCACGGCGUACCAAGAGCGUAGCUCGCGACGAACGAUACAACACCUGUUGGACAAAUGGGGCCUG